AUGGACCCCACAGACCCCACAGACCCCACGAACCCCGCAGCCCCCAUGAACCCUGCAGCCCCCUCAGACCCCAUGGUCCCCACAGACCCCGCAGCCCCCGCGGACCCCACAGCCCCCACAGACCCCACGAACCCCGCAGCCCCCAUGAACCCUGCAGCCCCCACAGACCCCGCAGUCCCCACAGACCCCGCAGCCCCCACGGACCCCACAGACCCCACGAACCCCGCAGCCCCCACGAACCCUGCAGCCCCCACAGACCCCGCGGUCCCCACAGACCCCACAGCCCCCACAGACCCCACAGUCCCCACGGACCCCGCAGCCCCCGUGGACCCCGUGUCCAGGAGGAGGAAGAGUCGGAAGAAAGGGAAGGAGAAGCUCACGGUGGUGGAGGAAGCUGAGGAAGGGGGGAACGGUGCCACGGGGCGAGCGGCCGAGAUCGAGGGGCUGACGCAAGCCGGGCACCGGGCGCUGGGGCUGCGAGACAUGCAGGGGGCCCUGGCAUGCUUCAGGAAGGCGUUCCUGCUCUCGCUGGGCACCGCGAGCCCCCGGCUCCGCAGGGUUUGUGCCUUCAACCUGGGGGCUGCCUACGUGGAAGCUGGGAAGCCCAGAAAGGGCCUAAAAUUCCUCCUCGAGUCCCAGCCCGCAGAGGGUGAACCCCUCGGGGGGCUUUAUUUCAACAUCGGGGCGGCUGACGAGGGGCUCAGGGACUUCCCAAAGGCUCUGGAGUAUUUUGGCAAAGCGGCCGGGCCGUGCCGUGCCGGCAGCCAGGCGGUGGAGAUGGGCUGCUGCUACCUGGGGAUGCAGGAGCCAGCACGAGCCGCCUGGUGCUUCUUGGAGGCCGCGCACAGCUACGCGGUGGCCGAGAGCCCCGAGGCCGCCGCGGUGGCUCUGAGCAGGGCGAGCGGCUCCAUGCUGCAGAGCCGGCGGUUCGGGACGGCAGAAAUCGCACGGAUCCUCACCUGGUGUCGCUCGCUCUGCGACAGCAUCGCCGACCCGGCCCUGCGAGGGAAGCUCUACAACGAGGUCGGCCUCGGCUUCUCCCAGCUCCACGUCUUCUCCCUGGCCAGCGAGAGCUUCGAGCGAGCCCUCGCCCUGUGCCAGGGCACGUUGGGGCGGCGAGGGGAGGCUGCGCUGCUGCAGAACCUGGGCGCUGCCCGCAACGCGCUGCGCAGCUUCGGCACGGCCCUGGGCUUGCACCGGCGAGCAGCAGCGCUGCACGGUGCCGUGGGGAACCGGAGGGCCCAAGGGCAGUGCUUCGGAAACCUGGCAUACGCCUUCAGCCAGCUCGGGAACCACGAGGCUGCCGCAGAGAAUUACCUCCACGCCCUGCAAGCCUUCCGGGAUUCGGGGGACGUGCAGGGGCAGUGGCAAGCAUGCGAGGGGCUGGGAGCCGCCUGCUUCCACCUGGGGAACCCCCAGAAAGCCGUCGGGCACUACCAGGAGGCCCUGACUCUGCUGUCCCACUGCCCGGGCACCCCCAGGGCGGCCGGCGAGCGGAUCGUCAGCCAGCUCACCCGUGCCCUCCAGCACCAGCUCUGCCUCCACCGCCACCUCUCACGUUGGGGUGCCCCGGUGCCGGACCUCAGCCCGCUGCAGUUUUGCUCCGUGCUGCCCCGUGCCAGUGGGACACGGCUCCGGGGAAGCGAGGCGUGA